UUUAUAUAUAAAUGGCGAAGGAGGCACUUAUCCGUGUACAAUGAUGUUGAGGAAUUUCUGCAAAGCCAAACUAAUCUCAUGCCAAUAAGGUACUCUUUCUCAGAAAUAAAGAAAAUGACUAAAGGUUUUAGGGAAAGAUUGGGUGAAGGAGGAUUUGGCACAAUAUUUAAAGGAACACUUCGAAGUGGACUUCAAGUAGCAGUAAAGAUGUUAAGCCAAUCCAAAGCAAAUGGGCAAGAUUUUAUCAAUGAAGUAGCAUCCAUUGGAAGGAUCCAUCAUGUGAAUAUAGUGCAACUCAUUGGUUUUUGUGUUCAUGGUUCAAAGCGUGCCCUUAUAUACGAGUUCAUGCCCAACGGAUCUCUAAACAAACACAUUUUUUCAUCAGAGGCAAAUAUCCUCAACUACGAGAAAACAUAUGAUAUUGCUUUAGGAGUGGCUCGCGGGAUUGAGUAUUUACAUCAAGGAUGUGACAUGCAAAUUUUACAUUUUGACAUUAAGCCUCACAACAUUCUUCUUGAUGAAAAUUUGAAACCCAAAGUUUCGGAUUUUGGCUUAGCGAAAUUAUACCCGGUGGAAGAUAGUAUCGUUCCUUUGACUUGUGCAAGAGGAACGUUUGGAUACAUGGCUCCUGAAAUGCUUUACAAAAAUAUUGGAGGCGUUUCAUACAAAGCUGAUGUGGAAUGUUGUUGAUGGAAAUGGUGAGCAAAAGAAAGAACUUGCAUGCAUCUACAGAACAUUUAAGCCAAAUUUACUUCCCCACUUGGAUAU